AUCCUGCUGCUAAUGAAAGUUAGCUUUGCGGACAGACAGUAUUGUGGGAGGCUUUCGCAGUAUUUGCAUCACCUGCGAGCAGAGGUACAAGUCCACAGCUGGUCUGACGGCAGAUUUCGACAUAUCACUUCAAACAUGACGAAGCACGAGUUUGAGGUGGCGAUGACGUGUGAGGGAUGUUCAGGAGCUGUUACCAGAGUCCUCAACAAACUGGGAGAUGUCAAGUUUGAGGUCGACCUGCCCAAGAAACUGGUUUGGAUCGAGUCCGACAAAGAUGUGGAGGUUCUCAUGGAGACACUGAAGAAAUGUGGGAAGGAGGUCAAGUACAACGGCACUAAAUGAAGGAGUCUGCUUCUGCUCAUGUAGAACAGGAAAUCAUUGUUGCUGAUGCAAAGUGAUCAUUUAUACUGGAAUUAAAGUUCUUCACCUGUCAGGAAGAGUCCGAUGGACCCCCCCCAGAUGCCAUCAACUCCUGCAGCUUACACGCACAAAAAUCCCCUUUGGUUGCAGAUCUUCUUUCAGUGUUGCGAUUUACAAGGCCAGAACUGGCGAGUGUCUUUGGAGAAUGUCAACAAACCCAAAAUGAUGAUGUUAGUGCUUGUUGUCUGUGGGGGAGAAAAAAAUGUGCAGCACUAUACUUGAUUGAUUGUUUGUUUGUGUUCCAUACUCUUUCUCCUCCUACACAGCGGCCUGGCCUAAAUAAGCACUCUAACAACUGUUCUUCCUGUGUGGAAGACUGAUUUACACACACUGGAUGUUGAGAGGAAAGUGUGUUUUUUGUUUUUGUUUUUUUUCUGAAAUCACAGUCUUCCUACUUCUUGUCUUUAGAUUUCCUGAAGUGGCAGUGAUGUUUUAUAUUUUGCUCUGCUCUCAUUUACCUUUUUAUCUGGAAAAAAAAAACCAGACGGGGAGACAGCAGGGCUGUGCAGUGACACCGUACACGUUCUCAACUAAAUAUAAUUUCCAGGCGCGAAAUAAAAACGGAAAACAUGCAACCUGAGAUUUGAAGCACGUUUUCAUGUUGAGUAUGAAAGUGAUGUUUGUAACUGUCCCUCCUGUUUGUGUAAGAGUUCACCUUAAAACGGCAAAAACAAGCCACUAGCAAAAGUCCUUUGACACAACUGAAGUACAUUCCCUGUAUUGUAAAACACUGCAAUUAUUGACAAUAUUUGUCUAAACUCUCACUCGGUAUACUCUCACUUGCAUGUAUUGUUGGAAUUAACACCUUUUAAAACUUCUCCCAUGCAUGAAGGUGUCUGUAGAUCUGCACCAAGGGGGGAAACUCAGUCCUUCUCUCUUUCCUUCUAGGACCAUCUGCUGUACUUUAUUAUGUAAAGCUUCUUCCUCACUGCUUCAUCACAGUUUACACUACGAUGAUCGACUAACAUCACGAGUCAAGUAAAUCACGUCACUUGAGAUUUGCUAACACACAGUAACAUACUUUAGUUCACGCUGUUGUCGUGUUACUUGGGGGGAAAAAGACAAUCGUCCUUUCCUGGGCUUUUUGUGAUGGCCUGUCUUGAUAUGUUGUAUACAAAUGGAAAAUAAAAUAAAAUCAUUUCUGCCUAA